AAAAAUAAUAAUAUAUUUAAUUUGAAGUAUUUGAAAUGUAAAUUUGUUUGAAACAAUACAACAAAAGUAUCUCAAAAUCAUUUGUUUAUAGAGAUACCAGUAUCUUUCUUAACUACUCUUAGUUUGCAGUGAUUGAAGCUAUAUAGAAUUAUUCAUCCGUCUAACGAGUUUUAUGCGAUCUUGUAUUGAUUCCUUUUUCUUGAACAAAUGAAAAAAAUAAUAUCAUUAUCCUGAAGGGAAAAAGUAUCUUUUAUCUUUGUAGAACGAAAUAUAUCAAGAGUGAAAGAUUAGUGACCUUGUGUUGUGGUAGUAAAAUGAUAAUUUUGCUCUAAUAUUUGAGAUAUAUUUAUCUUUUUAAAUAAAAACUUCAUAUAAAAGAAAACCAAAUCUAUACGAAAAACAUCUUCAAGAUGACUGCUGAAUCUUUGAAACCCUUCAUAUCGUUGCCAUCAUCGGCAGAUAAUUUUUCAACUAAGAAAAAAUCUCCACAUAAUCUUAUCAUGAUCGGAUUAAGUGCAUCGUUUAUUAUUGUUUCGAUUGUUCUGCUUGGAUUCACGAUAUGGAAUACAAUACGAGUGUGUGAACUACAAAAAGAAGUAAACUCAUUAAAUAAAAUUGUUGGUAACAUGCAGAAACGUUUGGGGCUCCAUUAUUUGGACGAUCUGAGUGAAAUAGAUGAUUCGUUAGACAACGUCCUGGUUGAGGACCCUAGCCCGUAUAGCACUGGCAACGAUGACGACGACGAUGAUGAUGAUGAAAAUAGUGAGGAAGACGAAGAAAUCAAAACUAUUCCUGCUAUUUUGGAAGACUACGACGAUGAUGACAUCGUUGACGGCAGCGGCCUUUACGAUGAUGAAGACGACGAGGACAUGGGUGAUAGUGCUUACGACAGUGGCAUGGAAGACGUAUCCUUACAGCCCAAGAAGAAAAGGGUAACCCGAUCGAUAUCAUCAUCAUCGAAUGGAAUUCCAAUCUAUGAGGAUUCAUAUGCUAUGAAGAGAAAUCGCACUGGGGGUCCGGAGGAUGAGCGUAUUGAACAACAUUUGCUGGCGAACAAAAAUCCGACACCCACUUUGCGGUACGAUUGGAGUGAAAAAUCACCAAGAACAACAACAACAGAGUCAGCUAUGGUAGUGGAAAAACGUGGAAGGUAUAAGAGUGCUCCAAGUAAUAUGAUUCGGUCACUAAAUACACCCAGGCAGAAAUUACAUCGUCAGUUUAGGAGUCGUCGAUUGUUACGUCCCUUGCUUAAAAGUGGAAGACCUGAAGCUUUGACAGCACUUCCCAUCCCACAUCCGGUGGCAGUACAUUAUCAUUUGAAUAAUACAAUAUCUGGAAAACAUGUUUUACAUCCAAGUCACAAUAAACUACCACAUGAUGGUGAUGUCUACAUUGGAGCACCACAUCCGUGGGCCAGAACACUUGGAAUGGACAAAGCCUUCGAAUUGAAUCACGGCGUUUUGACUGUCAAAGAAGGUGGCUUAUACUUUGUAUAUGCUCAGAUUUACUAUGACAAUCGUUUUGAUCGCAACGGCUUCGUGGUAUAUCACAAUAUUCAACCAUUCCUGCAGUGUGCCUUGUUUGUCCCAACAAAUACUGUUAAGAGUCACACGUGCUACACAAGUGGUGUUGUUUAUUUGGAAGGCAAUGAUGAAUUACAUUUGCGUGAUAUUCAUCAGGAUCGUGUUGUUAUGCUGACAAAUGCUAAAAGUUUCUUUGGUGUAAUUAAACUGGGCGAGAUUUAAUUUAAGCUGAAUAGGCCAGUUUAUAAAUAAAUAAAAAAAAAAAACAGUAGAAAAUAAUCUCAUAAUCUUUGUUCUACUGUAACGAAAACAAAACUGAAACGAACAAAAAAAUAAAAUUUAAGUUUAUUUUUUAAGUUAAAUAACCAAAAAUAUAAAAGAAAAACAAAACUAAAAAACAAUCAA